AUGUUGACUCGGGCGGCGUUUAGGAGACUCACAGAGGCUGCUGCUGUAACAAGCAGCGAGCCCACAUCAACAGAAGCUUUGUCAGCUGAAUCUUCAACGAGUGCGACAGCUAUAGAUUCUGUGAACGCCGCUAACGUUAAUACUAAUGCCAAGCGCCCAGCUACUGCUGUUAUUGAGAGAGCCGCAGAGCAUUCUACACGCAAGAGAGUUAAGAAGGAGCGUAGCAAACCUGUCCAAAGGGAAUGGACCCUGCCACAUGGUAUGGGUGUAGUCCUUUGUCAACCAGCUCCUCGCACCUCGCAGCCAGAGGAGUUUGCCACAUCAAGUGCUGUGACGUCUCCGGAAGGCACCUUCACUUCUGCAAUCCCAACAUUAAGCACCACAUCAGUCUCUUUCGUGAAGCAAUCUACAAAAGAGAAGGCGGUGAUACCGACCAAGCAAACCCACAUUUCACUGCGGGUAACGGAAGUCACAGCUGCUCAUUCUACAAAGCAGCAAAAGAAACAAGAUCCUCCUGUCAAACGAGGAGCAUCUGGCCGAAAUAUCUUACUCUUAGAACAAGGGAUACCUCCUGCCAAGCGAACCCGAAUCACUGGAGUGAAGUAUGAGGAUACCUCUUCACAGAAUUCAAUUGCAGAUGUCGCUCCAUUGGAAGUCGGCCAAGUCAAGGUCGAAGAAAAGAAAGGACAGCAGCCAUCUCCAAGGCUCUUGAUCUUCCGAGGGAUUGCGAUCAAGAAUAGCAAUGCCAUCAAGAUAUGUGAUACAGUCACGGUGGACGCAACCCAAGUCCUUGAUCCUGACUUCAGGAUCAAGAUCAAAAGGGGUAAGGAUAACCCUUAUGGACUGACCCCUGGCUUCUCGCCAUACCCCUACAGACGGGUCCCGACACCUGAAGCCUGUGAGCAUGUCUACAGAAUCUUGGCAGACUUACACGGUGAAGUGAAACAGCCAGAGAAGAUGCCGGCAGCAUCUUUAGAGGUCGCUGGUUGUGGAGAGGUACCUUGUGUUCUUGAUGCUCUACUGAGAACAUUGAUCAGUGGAAACACGCUUAUGGCGCUGGCCGAUGCUGCUGUGAAGAAUCUGGUCCAGCACUAUGGACUGCGCAAAGUAGGUACCGGUGCUGGCAGCAUCGACUGGGAUAAAGUUCGUCUGGGUUCCCAUCGAGAGCUUGCUGAAACUAUCAAGAUCGCCGGGAAUGGUCCGAAGAAAGCGUCUCAUAUCAAGCAGAUUCUCGACAUGGUCUAUGCAGAAAACCUUGAACACAUUGAAGCACAAACUGUAGACAAGGGAAGUGAGCCAGGGGGGAAACAUGGCACAGAUAGGCAGGAUCUGUUGUCUCUUGACUACAUGCACCGUAUGACCAAAGACGAGGCGAUGGCGAAGCUUGUCACUUACCCUGGCGUUGGUAUCAAGACUGCUGCUUGUGUUACCCUUUUCUGCCUUCGUCUGCCUUGCUUCGCUGUUGAUACGCAUGUUCACAAGUUCUGCCGUUGGCUUGGUUGGGUGCCACCCAAUGCUGACCCUGAUAACUGUUUCAGACAUGGAGAUGUCAUGGUUCCGGACCACCUCAAGUACGGCUUGCAUCAACUGUUCAUUCGACAUGGCCAGCAGUGCUUCAAGUGUCGCAAGGCAACAAAGCCUGGUACAAAAGAGUGGGACAAUGCCGACCCCUGUCCAUUGGAGCACCUGCUGGAUCGAAGCAAAGACGAAGCUGGGUCAGAGAAGAGCACACAGAAGAGCUCGGACAAGAGCUCAGGAAAGAGUACGAGAGCAAAGAGUGAGAAGAAUAUCAAGUUUAAGGAUGGGAAUGAAAGGGCCGAGGAGACACAGUCAGAAAGCGAGGUGGAAAGUAAGAAGGAAACUGAGUCGAAAUUGGAGCUGGAGUAG